GACGGGCCAACAUGUGGUACAGCUUCAAUGUUGGACCGGUUCAUUUCGUCUCCAUCAACACCGAGACGGACUUCCCGGGUGCAGAGGAGACAGACACAGGCGACGGCCACUUCUCCUGGUUAAAGGCCGGCCAUUUUGGCGCCGAUGGUGAGUAUUUGAGGUGGCUGGAGGAAGACUUGAAGGAAGCUGUUGCUGCACGAAAUUCGGGGCUCAGGCCAUGGAUUAUUGCCGGCGGUCAUCGCCCACUUAAAAACAUCAAGCAAUCCGGCGUCAGCGAACUUUUUGAGAAGUAUGGCGUCGAUCUUUACUUUGCCGGUCACGCGCACAGGUAUUGGCGCGACCCGCCUGUUCAAGCAGGAAAAGCCACGUCCAACGAGAUGCGAGUGUACAAGGAUGUAGAAGGCUUCAUCCAAGUUGUCGCUGGCGGUGCUGGAUGUGAUGAGAUGGCUUACAAGGUCGCGCCGAAGUGUCCAGAGACGACAGGUGACGAUAUCUGCGUCCCGCCCAAGGGCGAGGAAGAGAAAUCUGUUCAGGGCCUUCCUGACCCAGUCUUCGCCACCGAUGUCAUGGCACUUGGCCUUCUCGAGGUCGUCAACGCCUCGACCUUGCGCUUCCGACUUAUCGACGCCGCGCACAAUCAGACGCUAGACGAGAUGUGGGUCACGAAGACAGCCAAGGAGCUGUCUCACGUGCCCCGCUUCGUCUAA